UGCAAAAACACCCUCACGGGUAAAGUUCUCCAUUGUUUUUCCUGUGCGUUUCUCCUUUUUUGGGCUCUUUAUGUACAGUUUUCCAUUGUCCUAGCACGUGCUAUGGAUUCCAGUACGCCCCAUUUUGUCGUCCGCGACGUGCACUGGCCCAGUAAUAAAAGUUACUCGUGUAACAAGGUACCUUUAUGCAAAUCGUUGCAUAUGCUCCAUCCUUGCAUUCAAGUGGCCAAAGGAGAACUUCACGUUUCGCCUUCUGUCGGCUGCGCGUUUCCUGAAGAUUUCAACGAUUUAUUGAAUUUAUUCUUGUAUCCUUGCAAAAUGAUCUUUGCGUUGAACUUGACGAAUGUGGCCGUGUGCCUGCUUCUGAGAGUGUUGAUGGUGAAAGCGUACCGCGGCGAACCGGAUGCGUACUACAUCCAACCAAGUCUGCAACUGAGCGGCGGUCGUGUCCCUCCUGUCUACAGCCCGAACCGACAGCUUGUCCGCAAUCCGCCGAAGAUUCCCCAGAACGCCCCCUACGUCCUACCAUACGAGGACAGCCCCGGAGCCGGAUACGGUCCAGUCCGCUGGAAAGGGCAACACGGAGGCGCCUCUGUAACCACGACCAUUCGUCCUAGCCCCACAACGCUACCGAGUGUCUGCAGUGCCAGCACGCUGGUCUCCACCCGUACCGUUCGCACAUGCUCCAGAGCAAGCAGCACCGCCAUUCCCUGUGUUACUGUCACGGUCACGGUGAAGACCACUGCAACUACCGUGUUGUGCACCACAAAUGCUUUAACAUUGUACGAGGCGGUGUCUACUGAAGGCGUUCCUUCUAUAACCACCUACACACCGUUCGCGGGGCAAUCCUGCAUGGCGUUGUCUGAAAACAUCAUCACGGCCAGUACAUCAGGAAAUUCUCCAUGUUUCGACAUUACUGUUACUGCAAUUAAAUUCGUGGGAAUAGGCUGCACUUUGGCCGCCCAGACAACAGUCUACGGGACGGGCGUAACUACCAAUGCUCAGAACAGUCCCAGUUAUUCAAGUGGGGCUUUUGCAUCAACCAUUACAGCAGCCACGCCUCUUCAGUGUGCAUAGCGUUAGCGGUGUAUCGUGUGGCAGUGGAAUGAUUAUGUUUAGCUCAGGGUUUUAUCGAAAGAUUGUCACAUUUUAAUUACUUUUUUUUGUCAAUAAAUGUA